CGUGGCGUUUAAGGACGUAUGUUAGUCUAGCCCCUUUUGGUUUAGAAGUCUCCAUCUCCUGCGCGGAUCGAAUUCAUCUCCAUCUCGCCCCAUUCCGCUCUGAUCGCCGAACGCCGUUAGUCGACGCGGCUUGGUCGCGGGAUACGCGCUCCAAUUGCUUGAAGAAGCAGGGAUCCCUACGGAUUGGAUCGCCGAGCUCGUUCUUGAAUUAGGGUUCUUCCUCGUCUGUUGACUCCUUUCUUGGUCAAGGGAUUUCAGUAUCGGCAAGGAGAUGAGAAUGUGCAUUUACAGGAACGAGACCUGGAGGUGAACUUUUAUGGUUGGUUAAGCAUGAAAAUGGCAGGAAGUUCGAGGGCAGAGUCAGCUUCGAGCAGCAUGGAUGGACCAAACUUUGCUGCUACUGCCCAUCACAAUGCGCAGCGUGGGGCCUACUCGGGCUCUGUUUUGGAGAGGUCCGGAAGCUUCCGUGAGAGUUCAGAGAACCGUGCUCUGGUUCCUGGACCUGGCACAUCAAGAAACACAUCCUUCUCUCCAGAAAUACCAUCUUUGUCACAAUAUUUACCACUUGAGCCAUUUUUGAUGAGUGAGCAAAAGUUUUCUCGCUCUGGAGAGUUAAGAAGAGUUCUAGGUGUUACAGUUGAGGAUCACUCAUUUGGAUCUGCACAGUUUAAACCACUCCUGCCUAUUGCAUCUGAAGAACUGAAACGUUUCAAAGCCAGCAUAUUGGAGUCGUCAACCAGAGCGAGGGAUAGAACAAGGUUGUUGCAGGAAUCAAUUUUCAAAUUGGACAAAUAUCGGAACAUGAGGAAACGACAAAGAGCUGAUCAAUCAAAUGAGAAGUCAGGUACCUCAAAUCCAUUGAAGAUGGGAAGUAUGAUCCAUCAAAAUCCUGCAGAACUUGCAAGUCCGAGACUGGAGGACAGAGCAAAAAGUCUGAUUCCUAAUAAACGUAUUCGCUCCUCUAUGGCGGAAUUACGGUCAGAAGGUCGUGGUAGUGUUCCGCUAAGGCAAGGUGCGGUUAUGGACAAGGAUAAAAAUGUUCAUUUUGAGAAGGAUAAAUCUAUACUUAGGAAUUGUAAUGGGGGAUCAAUACCUUCAGAAGAUAAAAUGCAUGGAUUUGCACCAGGGGGUGACGGAUGGGAGAAAAAACUGAAAAGAAAACGUUCUGUUGGCCUUAUCAGAGUAAUUGAAAGUGAUAGAGAGACAAAACAAUCAAGUCAACAGCGGGCCAAUAAUGAACCCCGUCUACGCUCUUCUGAUGGCAUUGGUAUCAGACCUGGAUUGUCUAGUGGAACCACAGUAAGCAACAAGGUGGAUAGCUGUUCCCAACUAAGUGGUGCUGGUUCUCGUGGCACACCCAAGAAUGACUUGGAUAGUGGCUCUGUUUCAAAUGAAAGACGAGAACACUCUGGUGGACUAGAUAAUGAGCGUAAUACUUCUAAAGGAAGCAAUAAGCUAAAUAUACGUGAAGAUGUUCAAGCUGGAAACCAGAGUCCUAUGAUAAAAGGAAAAGCAUCUAGAGCCUUGAGAACUGUUUCAGGUGCUGUCAUGAAUGCAUCUUCAAAUUUUCUUCACUCAUCUGGAAGCAUUGACGGACAGGGGCAGGCUCCUCGCAUAAACAAAGUUCAGCCAUUAACUGCGACCAACCGCAAACGUUUAAUACCUAAUGAAUCAUCGUCACCGCCUGUAACACAAUGGGUUGGUCAGCGGCCACAAAAGAUCUCUAGAACCAGAAGGGUCAAUGUAGUUUCUCCUGUCUCGAAUUUGGAUGAAGCUCAAUUUUUACAUGAAGGAUCUGCCACUCCUGAUGUUGGAGCCAGAAUGACAGUUGUGGAUUCUGGUGGGCUUUUGAUAACCAGGGGCUUGCCAAAUAACAUUCAUCAGUCAAAACAAAAGUUCGAUAAUGUCCUCUCUCCUUCUGUAUUAUCAGAGAGUGAGGAUUCAGCUGCCGUGGAGAACAAAUUUAAGGAAAAAGGAAUUGAUAAUUUUGAGCUAGAGGAUGGUCCACAAACAUCCCUUAAGUCUACUUCUGUUUUUCCAACAAAGAAGAACAAGACUCCUCCGAAAGAAGAAAUCAGAGAUGGAGUUCGGAGGCAAGGCAGGAGUGGAAGAGGUUCAGUACAGUCAAAAGCUUGUUUAUCUGUACCAAGACAAAAAGUAGAAAAUUUAGAUACUACUAAGCCACUCAAAAGUGGAAAGCUUGGUUCUGAAAGGAGUGAAACAAGCAGGAUAGGGCGCCCUCCUUUAAAGAAGACUGACAGGAAGGCUUGUGCUCGUCCACAAACUAUGAACAAUGGUUCCUCUGAUAUGACAGGAGAAUCGGAUGAUGAUCGAGAAGAACUACUAGCAGCUGCUAAUGCUGCUCGUAAUGCAAGCUAUCAUGCCUGUUCUAGCACUUUCUGGAAGAAAAUGGAACCCACUUUUGCUUUUGUGUCAUUGGAGGAUAUAUCUUAUGUCAAACAGCAGAUACAUUUUGCUGAGGAGCUAGAUGCAAGUUUAUCUAACAGGUUUGAAGCUGGCCAUGAUGUAAUGGCCGAGGUUGUUUGGGAUGUGGCAUCUUCAGCUCAUUCUUCUUUUGCUAGAGAGCAAACAAACGCGGUUGGACCAACCAACAAAACUUUUGGGACCCUUUAUUCUGUUGAUGGGACAGAGAAUGUAAAAACAUCAGUUGGAAGAUUAGAGACCAACAGAUGGUAUGACAAAAUGGUUCCACUGUCACAAAGGCUGCUCUCAGCCUUUAUUGCAGAAGAUGAGACCGAAAAGCUGGACAUUGAAACUCAAGGAGAGUUGUUCUUACAUAGUGAUACUAAUAAUGAUAUUAACGAUCAUGCCAAAGAGUUAAUGAACAUGGAUUGUCACUUGGAGCUUGAGUACAAGAAUCAGAAAAAUAGUUUGGGAGAUAUUAUUCCUUGUGAUGAAUUUAUGGUUUCCAACAACUAUAGGCACUUGAAUAUUCAGAAUUUUAUGUAUGGUUAUGAACCAUUGGUAGAAAACAGUGCUGUUCUAAGUACAGAUAAUGGAUCUUUAUCUGGCUACAAGAAAAACAGUCUUAAUCAGUUGCACGUAAUGGACAACACCUCUCCUUAUGAAUGCCAGUUCGAAGACAUGUCUCUUGAUGACAGAAUUUUGAUGGAGCUGCACAGUAUAGGUCUAUUUCCAGAAACAGUGCCUGAUCUUGCUGAGGGUGAAGAUGGAGAAAUUGGCAAAGUCAUUUCAGAACUAAAGAUGAGGCUCUACCAGCAGGUGAAGAAAAAGAAGCAUCAAUUAGAUAAAUUGGAAAGAGCAAUUCGAGAUGCGAAAGAAAUUGAAGAGAGUGACAGGAAACUUGAGCAGCUUGCUGUGAAUAAACUUGUUGAGAUGGCAUGCAAAAGGCUAAUGGGUGGUCGAGGUAGUUCAAGUCAUAAGAGCGGCACCACUAAGGUUUCAAAACAAUUAGCAUUGGCCUUUGGUAAGCGAACAAUAGCCAGAUGUAAGAGAUUUGACGAAACAGGUCGAAGCUGCUUCAGUGAGCUAGCUAUUCGGGAUGCAGUCUUGUCAGUGCCCUUACACAUUAAACAUUCAGAUAGGUCUCUUAAUCAUGUGGAAUCACGGAGCGGUCAACUUGGCACUCGAGCAUCAGGUGUAACAUCGAAUACUUCCAUGAGACAUGGGCUUGGUAACAAGAUUGAUCAAAGUCCAUUGGAUCCAUAUCAAAGUUCUCCUCAAAUGGGUGAGCAAUUAGUUACGAGAAGGAAGAAGGAGGUGCUUCUGGAUGAUGUUACAGGUUCUGCUAGAGCCAUAUCAAGUCCAACGCACUCUCUUUCAAAUAGUGCAAAAUGGAAAAGGACUGAAAGAGACAGGGAUCAGAACAAAGAUGCAUUAGGACGAAGUUCUACAGCUAAAGCGGGUCGUCCAUCAUCAAGCGGUGGCAGGGGUGAACGUAAGACAAAGACAAAACCUAAGCAAAAGAUAGCUCAGUUAUCAACUUCUGGAAAUGGUCUUGGCAGAGUUACGGAGGCAGCCAAUCUUAUGUCACCAACGUUGCAUGCACCUUUUGACACUGUGAAUAGCUCUAUCACCAAAAUUGAUCAAGAAGUUGAAUUGCAUAGUUUGGAUAAUCUGGUCCAUGAUUCGUCAAAAGAAAAUGAUGAUGCCAUCUUUACAAACCUACCUCUGCAUGGGAUAGAAUCCAUCGAUGAACUAGAUGUUGCUGAAGGGCUGGGCGGACAAGGGCAGGAUAUUGCUUCCUGGUUGAACGUUGAUGAAGAUUCACUACAAGAUCAUGAUCUGGUGGGCCUGGAAAUUCCAAUGGACGACCUUUCAGAAUUGACAUUGAACUUUUAAGAGAGCCCAUCAUACCUUCUCUGGAUAUCAAACAAUCUAGGUCAGGUAAGAGUUCUCCUGUUCUUAUACCUAACAAAUCAAAUUAUGUACCUCUUGGCAGUUAGAAUCUAUAAUUAGGCCAGUCUAUUCUUUUGUAUACCUUUUCAGUUCUUGGCAGAUCCCAAUUGUUUUCUGUCACCUGAGGAUUGUUCAUAGUGCCAAAUUACAAAAUCAAUUGAGCAUUUAUCUAGAAUGUAUAUUAUUUCAAA